AUGAGGAAACUUAACCGGAACGAGCACUUUUCAGGACAAUAUGCACCAAUAAUCGGUGAGCCGUCGAGCAUCCCUCAGCGGGGUCAAUGCCCCGGCGGUCCGUCGUUGCCGAUCCAGUGUGAUCCAAAACGUCCAUGGCCUGCAUGCCCACCACAGAGCUAUUGCUAUGCAACCAAUUCGGUUGAUGUUGGACCAUAUUUCUGCUGCCCAAUCUGGUCCACUUAUGGCUCUUUGUGGCGUCCAUCAGCACCAAGCUAUAACUACGUUCCACCGAUGCCAACCAACUGGCCAAAUUUGAUUCGCUCAACUGCUAACUGGCCAGCUUCAUCCUACGGAUAUCAGCAACAACCAGCACAAACCAUGGCAUCACCAUAUCAACAAUACCAAACAGUCAAAGCUAAGGUGAGCAAUUGCUUGAAAAAUCAAAGAAAUCCUUCUUCUUCCAGAAGAGUUAUCCNUCUGUUCAAGAGUAAUUUUAUUUCUUGA